AUGAAGCAAAUCCUCGCAAAGAGGAGAUAUCUAAAGCAGGAAACUAGUGAUGAACAGGGAGAUUGCAGAGCUAUUUUGAAGAAACCACUUCCUCCAAAAGGGAAAGGUCCAGGAAGUUUUAAUAUUCCUUGCGUCAUUGGGAAGGAGAAUAUAAGGAAGGCCUUAAUUGAUUUAGGGUCAAGCAUUAAUUUGAUGCCCUUAUCCAUGCUCGAAAGAAUUGGUGAUUUUGAAGUCAAGCCAACCAAGGUGACUUUGCUCAUGACAGAUGGAUCCUCCAAGAAACCCUAUGGUGUAGUGGAAGAUGUUGUGGUUUGUAUAGAGCAACUUAAGUUCCUGGUGGAUGGAGAUGAGAGGAAGAUGAGAAGAUUCCAAUUAUUCUUGAAAGGCUGUUUGCGAAAACGACAAAAGUAA